AUGUCCGCGAUGAAAUACCCCGAGAAGGCGCAUUUGCACCAUCUAAUCCUUCAGCACGCCUCAGACUCUAUCAUGUUUAUCUGGACCAUGUGUUUCCUCUGCUUUUACCUCGAGUCGCUACCGAUGACCGAGCCGGUGAAUGCCGUGACAUCGGCUGACCGCGACCAGCUCGUGCAGUGGCUCGAGGCCGUGAAGAGCCAGUUUCACGAACUGCUCGCAGACCCACAGUCCGUAGACUGUCGCGGUGUGAUCGACCGUCCUAUGCUGCAGGGCCUCGGCCGCAUCAAGGACAAGAUGCAGGCUCAGCUGCAGGUCGCCAAGGAAACCCGGCUUGUGAACGUGCUCGCCAACUGUUAUAACGGGUUCGUACACACUUUACAGUUCAUGCGCAAGCUCCCCGUUGGCAACGGCCAGGUCUCUUACGAAAUUCCGGCCCACCAGUGGAAGGUUCUCCUGGAUGAGCAAGAGUCCAUGAACAGCAACUGGAAGGCCCAGCUAAAGAAAUUCGGUGUCUGGAGUGCCAAGCUCAUCGCCCCCCAGGAUGGAAUCACAAGGGACUUCCUGUUACAAUUUUGCACGCAAGCUCUUACAAAGGUUUCGCGGGACUAG